AGGUGUUGAGGACGUAUCAAGUUGGGAAGUCUGAAUGGAAUAAACAUGAAGAGCCUGAAAGCUAAGUUCAGGAAAAGUGAUGCCAAUGAAUGGAAUAAGAAUGAUGACCGCCUCUUGCAAGCCGUGGAGAAUGGUGAUGCGGAGAAAGUGGCAUCGUUGCUGGGUAAAAAGGGAGCCAGCGCCACCAAACUCGACAGCGAGGGCAAGACAGCUUUCCACCUGGCUGCCACAAAAGGGCACGGAGAAUGCCUUCGGGUUAUGAUAACUCAUGGUGUGGAUCUGACCACCCAGGAUGGAGCAGGGCACAGCGCUUUACAUCUUGCGGCCAAGAACAGCCACUCCGACUGCGUUAAGAGACUCCUCCAGGCUAAAUGUUCACCAGAGAGCACAGACAGCUCUGGGAAAACAGCUUUACACUACGCAGCUGCAUGUGGCUGCCUUCAAAUUGCUCAACUCCUGUGUGAACACAAGUGUCCAAUUAAUGUCAAAGAUGUGGAUGGGAGUAUACCUUUGCUACUUGCAGUACAAAAUGGUCAUGUUGAAAUAUGCAAAUACCUUCUGGAACAUGGGGCAGACAUCAAUUCCAGAGACAAAAAUGGAAGAACCAGUCUGAUGUUGGCUUGUGAAGGUGGAAACCUCAGCAUUGUGGAGGUCCUGGUCAGAAAAGGGGCAGACGUGAACUUGGUGGAUGCACUUGGACACAAUGCCCUACGUUACUCCAAAGUCUCCGAAAAUAUGGGAAUCCAGAACUUUCUUCAGUCAAAAAUUGUUCAAGAUGCUGAUACCAAGUCACCGACAAAGCCAAAGCAGCAUGAUCAAGCCUCUAGAUUAAGUUCAGAAAGAAGUGGAACUCCAAAAAAACGCAAAGCCCCACCGCCACCUCCCGUCAGCCCUAUCCAGAUUAGUGAUCUAUCCUCUUCUCGUUCUACAACUUCCACUCCAGUACCUGGGAAAGGCCUGCCGUUUUUUACUGAACAGGGAUCCAAGCAAGAAGAGAGCAGUGCGGUUCACGGUGACAGCAAGGACGGGAUGAGCGUUAGCACAACAGGCGCUGAUAGUCUACUGGACGUAAGUUCAGAGGCAGACCAGCAAGAACUGCUUCUGCUGUUACAAGCAAAAGUUGCUUCUCUGACCCUGCAUAAUAAGGAAUUGCAAGAAAAAUUGCAGGUGAAAGCAGUCAAAGUAGGAGACAUGGAUACCACGCUGGACUCUUUUCAUUCCACUCAAACAGAGUUUGAUCAUUCAACAGACAGGCUAAGCGAGAGCUCAUCGGUAGCUCAGGGGAUAAGCUGCUCUUCCCCCAGCAGAAGGCAGGAGCAAGCAAGCAACAACGAAGUAAAAAUUAAACAGCUAGAAGAUGACUUGAAGGAAGUGCGGAAGAAACUGGACAGCUCGGAAGCAAAAAGGCGGCACUUGGAGACACAGCUUCAUUCCGGAGCCCUGGAAGCGAGCCACUUAUUAAACAGCUCGGAGAUCUCCGAAAAUGGCUCCGACCUUAAUCAGAAACUGAAAGAGACCCAGAGCAAGUACGAAGAAGCUAUGAAGGAGGUCCUGAGCGUCCAGACGCAAAUGAAACUGGGCCUGGUUGCUUCGGAAAGCAAAGAGGCUGAUCUGCAGGAGCUGAGAGCAACAUGCGAAGAGAUCGAGCUCCUGAAGGAAGAGGUGAGGAAAGCGCUAGAAGAUGGUGAGAGACUCAGGGCACGAGUGAGAGAGCUAGAGGCAGAGCUGGAAGAGAGCGAGAACAAAAUGGCCGGCACCGUGUCAGCGGAACAAUUUGAGGAGAUGAAAAACUCCUACUGCUUGGUUAUCGAGAACAUCAACCAAGAGAAGGCGUUGCUAAUCGAACGGUACAGGGAGGGCCAGGAGGAAAUGAGAAGGCUCCAGGACAAGCUGAAGAGUCAGAUGGAAUCGGGGGGCAGUGAAGAAGGAGAGGAGAUGAGAGAGGCAAAGAACAGCAUUAUCAACGAACUCAAGAGACAAGUUGACGAGCUUUCUCGGCUGUACAAAGAAGCCCAGGCAGAACUUGAACAUUUCAGAAAGAGGAGCAUUCCAGAGGAGGCCAAUGCAGGAUCCAUACCUCUGGAGGAACAUGAAAAAAUUAUGGAGGCCACGGUCUUGCAGAGAGAGCAAGCGGAGAGUGCGUUGUUGCAAAUGAAAGCUCAGUACGCCAAAGCAUUGAGUGAAGCAACUCAGCUCCAGAGCCUGGUGGAUGCCCAGAAGAAAAACUCUGUCUCCAUCACUGAACACCUGCAGGUGGUCACUGCUCUCAGGACCUCAGUGAAGGAAACGGGAGAAGAAAUAAGCAGGCUCAGAGAGCUCCUGCUUCUCAAGGAGAGCGAGGUGCAGCGUCUGCAGAGGGAGCUGUUAGAAGAAGAGGCGGCGGUGUGUGAAGCUAUGGUGCCCAGGGCUCUGUAUGAAGAGCUGCGGACUUCGACAGAAGGUGAAGUCAACAGCUUAUCUUCUAAACUGAAGGACCUGGUGAACGAGAGAGAGAGCUUGUCUGCAGAUCUCUUGCAGUUAAGGAAAGAAUUUGCACAAGUGAAAGGGGAGAAAGAGAGCCUCCGGGCUCUCAUUGAAGCUAAGGAACAAGAAAUCAAACGGUUGCUCCAUCAGUACCAGCAAGCCCAAGAAGACCUGCUUGAAAUGAAAAAGGCUUCGGAGAGUUCCUCCAAAAUAGAAGAGGAUAAGGACAAAAAGAUAAAUGACAUGUCUAAGGAGGUUUCUAAAUUAAAGGAAGCAUUGAACAGCCUCUCCCAGCUUUCCUACUCAACUGGUACACCUAAAAGGCAAAGCCAGCAGCUGGAAUUGCUGCAACAGCAAGUCAAGCAGCUGCAAAACCAGCUCAUUGAAACCAAGAAGCAACACCAGGAGAUUGUAUCUGUUUACAGGACACAUCUCCUCUACGCCGUUCAGGGCCAAAUGGAUGAAGAUGUUCAGAAAGUGCUUAAGCAGAUACUAACGAUGUGCAAAAGUCAGUCGCAGAAGAAAAAUGAAACUCUCUUUGUUGAUCCCUGACGUGCUGCUGCCUUGUUUGGAGACUCGCCUUAAAAUGAGAUUUCAUUGGCAAACCCCU